CAUGGAGGGGGCGGGGUGGGGCUGCGGCACGCCUUGCUGUGAAUAAUUUAAAGGGGCCGCGCCUGCAGAGUCUGCCUAAACGCUGGCGGUGUUGGUGCGGAGUGGACCCCGGCUGCGGCCCCUGGGUGUUUCCGCACCGGUAGCCAGGUGUGCCCUGGGGUGGAAGAGGACCUGCCACCCAGGAAUUUUCCAAGAAACGAAGCCUCCAGGAUUCCUUCUCCCGACCCCCGAAUUUUCAUUAAUACUCAAGCGGUGUCCGAAACAUCCUCAGCUUACCCCCAAAAAAUCCCAGUAAUAUUCCAGCAUGUCUCAGUAUCUUCCAAGGAGACAGGACGCCCUCCCCAGGCCCGCACUCAUAAGCACCCCAGGAAUGUACCCACCCACCUCCUGGUUUUCCCAGCAGUAGUCCUGUAAUCUUCAGAAUCUCUCAGUAACUUUCCAGUACCCUCCCACCCCCAUCCCAGUAAUCCCAGCGUCCCUGGUUACGCCUCCCAGCAAUGGCGCCAGCAUCGGUCCCGGAGUCCCAGUGAUGCUCCGUGCCAUAAAGCCCCCAUAACUUCGCUACUACGUGGUAGUAAAUCUCCAGCAAAACCCAGCAGCCCCUUGCAAAUCCACGCCACCCCAAGCAUCCCAGGACUCUUCUGAAACAAGGCAGUGACCCAGGAGGAAUUCACCGGCUGCAAGGAACUGUGCCCUGCGGGUACCUGCCUGCAGGCUGCUGACAGUGGGUGCCAGGUCCGCCUUUGGCCCCAGGGUGGGGGUGGACGGACGGGGCGUCUGGUAGGCCCUAGGAGUAGGCGAAGAGAACCAGGCAGGAAGCCGGGGACCCGCCUCACCUCCUGGCCGGGGCCGGGAGGUCGGUUUGCCCCAUUCCUUAGUCCUGCCGCGUCCCUCUAGCCGCGCCCCUGACAGUGGGCGAAGCUACCCCCCCAGGGGGCGGGGUUCGAGCUGAGGGCAGGGCUUGAGGCAGGGGAGGGUCGGGCCCAGAUUGACAACUUGCACGGAUUCCUUAGACUCCUUGACUUCCCAGGACUCCGGGCUAGCAGAUCUGCUGUCCAGCUGGAAUCCACCGAUGGAGGCUCCGCUGCAAACAGGAAUGGUGCUGGGCGUGAUGAUCGGGGCCGGAGUGGCGGUCGUGGUCACUGCCGUGCUUAUCCUCCUGGUGGUGCGGAGGCUGCGAGUGCCGAAAACCCCAGCCCCGGAUGGCCCCCGGUAUCGGUUCCGGAAGAGGGACAAAGUGCUGUUCUAUGGCCGGAAGAUUAUGCGGAAGGUGUCACAGUCCACUUCCUCCCUCGUGGAUACCUCUGUCUCCACCACUUCCCGGCCACGCAUGAAGAAGAAACUGAAGAUGCUAAACAUCGCCAAGAAGAUUCUGCGCAUCCAGAAAGAGACACCCACGCUGCAGCGGAAGGAACCCCCGCCCGCAGUUCUGGAGGCCGACCUGACCGAGGGUGACCUGGCUAACUCCCAUCUGCCCUCUGAAGUGCUUUAUAUGCUCAAGAAUGUCCGGGUGCUGGGCCACUUUGAGAAGCCGCUCUUCCUGGAGCUCUGCCGCCACAUGGUCUUCCAGCGGCUGGGCCAGGGUGACUAUGUCUUCCGGCCGGGCCAGCCGGACGCCAGCAUCUAUGUGGUGCAGGACGGGCUACUGGAACUCUGUCUGCCAGGGCCUGACGGGAAGGAGUGUGUGGUGAAGGAAGUGGUUCCCGGGGACAGCGUCAACAGCCUUCUCAGCAUCCUGGAUGUCAUCACUGGUCACCAGCAUCCCCAGCGGACCGUGUCUGCCCGGGCGGCCCGGGACUCCACGGUGCUGCGCCUGCCGGUGGAGGCGUUCUCUGCUGUCUUCACCAAGUACCCGGAGAGCUUGGUUCGGGUUGUGCAGAUCAUCAUGGUGCGGCUGCAGCGAGUCACCUUCCUGGCACUGCACAACUACCUGGGUCUGACCAAUGAGCUCUUCAGCCACGAGAUCCAGCCCCUGCGCCUCUUCCCCAGCCCCGGCCUCCCAACGCGCACCAGCCCUGUGCGGGGCUCCAAGCGGAUGGUCAGCACCUCAGCUACAGACGAGCCCAGGGAGACCCCUGGCCGGCCACCUGACCCCACCGGGGCUCCGCUGCCUGGACCUACAGGGGACCCUGUGAAGCCCACAUCCCUGGAAACCCCCUCGGCCCCUCUGCUGAGCCGCUGCAUCUCCAUGCCCGGGGACAUCUCAGGCUUGCAGGGCGGUCCCCGCUCCGACUUCGACAUGGCCUAUGAGCGUGGCCGGAUCUCCGUGUCCCUGCAGGAAGAGGCCUCUGGGGGGUCUCAGACAGCCCCCGCUAGGACCCCCACUCAGGAGCCACGUGAGCAGCCUGCGGGCGCCUGCGAAUACAGCUACUGUGAGGAUGAAUCGGCCACCGGUGGCUGCCCCUUUGGGCCCUACCAGGGCCGCCAGACCAGCAGCAUUUUUGAGGCGGCAAAGCGGGAGCUGGCCAAGCUGAUGCGGAUCGAGGACCCCUCCCUCCUGAAUAGCCGAGUCUUGCUGCAUCACGCCAAAGCUGGCACUAUCAUUGCCCGCCAGGGCGACCAGGUUCAAGCGAUUCUCCUGCCUCGGCCUCCCAAGUAUCUGGGAUUACAGGAUGUGAGCCUACACUUCGUGCUCUGGGGCUGCCUGCACGUGUACCAGCGCAUGAUCGACAAGGCAGAAGAUGUAUGCUUGUUCGUGGCGCAGCCCGGGGAGCUGGUGGGGCAGCUGGCGGUGCUCACUGGAGAACCUCUCAUCUUCACUCUGCGAGCCCAGCGCGACUGCACUUUCCUGCGGAUCUCCAAGUCCGACUUCUACGAAAUCAUGCGCGCACAGCCCAGUGUGGUGCUGAGCGCGGCGCACACAGUGGCAGCCAGGAUGUCGCCCUUCGUGCGCCAGAUGGACUUUGCCAUCGACUGGACGGCGGUGGAGGCGGGACGAGCGCUGUACAGGCAGGGGGACCGCUCCGACUGCACCUACAUCGUGCUCAACGGGCGGCUGCGUAGCGUGAUCCAGCGAGGCAGUGGCAAGAAGGAGCUGGUGGGCGAGUAUGGCCGAGGCGACCUCAUCGGAGUGGUGGAGGCGUUGACCCGGCAGCCGCGAGCCACGACGGUGCAUGCGGUGCGCGACACGGAGCUGGCCAAGCUCCCCGAGGGCACCUUGGGUCACAUUAAACGUCGGUACCCGCAGGUCGUGACCCGCCUCAUCCACCUGCUGAGCCAGAAAAUUCUAGGGAAUUUGCAGCAGCUGCAAGGACCCUUCCCAGCAGGCUCUGGGCUGGGUGUCCCCCCUCACUCGGAACUCACCAACCCAGCCAGCAACCUGGCAACGGUGGCAGUCCUGCCUGUGUGUGCUGAGGUGCCCAUGGUGGCCUUCACACUGGAGCUGCAGCACGCCCUGCAGGCCAUCGGUCCCACGCUACUCCUUAACAGUGAUAUCAUCCGGGCACGCCUGGGGGCCUCCGCACUGGAUAGCAUCCAAGAGUUCCGGCUGUCAGGGUGGUUGGCCCAGCAGGAGGACGCACACCGCAUCGUACUCUACCAGACGGACGCCUCACUGACGCCCUGGACCGUGCGCUGCCUGCGCCAGGCUGACUGUAUCCUCAUCGUGGGCCUGGGGGACCAGGAGCCUACCCUCGGCCAGCUGGAGCAGAUGCUGGAGAACACAGCCGUGCGUGCCCUCAAGCAGCUCGUCCUGUUGCACCGAGAGGAGGGUGCGGGCCCCACGCGCACCGUGGAGUGGCUCAAUAUGCGUAGCUGGUGCUCCGGGCACCUGCACCUGCGCUGUCCGCGCCGCCUCUUCUCGCGCCGCAGCCCCGCCAAGCUGCAUGAGCUCUACGAGAAGGUUUUCUCCAGGCGCGCGGACCGGCACAGUGACUUCUCCCGCUUGGCGAGGGUGCUCACAGGGAACACCAUUGCCCUCGUGCUGGGCGGGGGCGGGGCCAGGGGCUGCUCGCACAUUGGGGUGCUGAAGGCAUUAGAGGAGGCGGGGGUUCCUGUGGACCUGGUGGGAGGCACGUCCAUUGGCUCUUUCAUCGGGGCCCUGUACGCUGAGGAGCGCAGCGCCAGCCGCACAAAGCAGCGGGCCCGGGAGUGGGCCAAGAGCAUGACUUCGGUGCUGGAACCAGUGUUGGAUCUCACGUACCCAGUCACCUCCAUGUUCACUGGCUCUGCCUUUAACCGCAGCAUCCACCGGGUCUUCCAGGAUAAGCAGAUUGAGGACCUGUGGCUGCCUUACUUCAACGUGACCACAGAUAUCACUGCCUCAGCCAUGCGAGUCCACAAAGAUGGCUCCCUGUGGCGGUAUGUGCGCGCCAGCAUGACGCUGUCGGGCUACCUGCCCCCGCUGUGCGACCCCAAGGACGGGCACCUGCUCAUGGAUGGCGGCUACAUCAACAACCUGCCAGCGGACAUCGCCCGCAGCAUGGGUGCCAAAACGGUCAUCGCCAUCGAUGUGGGGAGCCAGGAUGAGACAGACCUUAGCACCUAUGGGGACAGCCUGUCCGGCUGGUGGCUGCUGUGGAAACGGCUGAACCCCUGGGCGGACAAAGUGAAGGUUCCAGACAUGGCCGAGAUCCAGUCCCGCCUGGCCUACGUGUCCUGUGUGCGACAGCUGGAGGUGGUCAAGUCUAGUUCCUACUGCGAGUACCUGCGCCCGCCCAUUGACUGCUUCAAGACCAUGGACUUCGGGAAGUUCGACCAGAUCUAUGAUGUGGGCUACCAGUACGGAAAGGCAGUGUUUGGAGGCUGGAGCCGUGGCAACGUCAUUGAGAAAAUGCUCACAGACCGGCGGUCUGCAGACCUCAAUGAGAGCCGCCGUGCAGAUGUGCUUGCUUUCCCAAGCUCUGGUUUCACUGACUUGGCAGAGAUUGUGUCCCGGAUUGAGCCCCCCACGAGCUAUGUCUCCGAUGGCUGUGCUGAUGGAGAAGAGUCAGAUUGCCUGACAGAGUAUGAGGAGGAUGCUGGACCCGACUGCUCAAGGGAUGAAGGGGGGUCCCCUGAGGGCGCAAGCCCCAGCACCGCCUCUGAGAUGGAGGAGGAGAAGUCGAUUCUCCGGCACCGGCGCUGUCUGCCCCAGGAGCCACCUGGCUCAGCCACAGAUGCCUGAGGACCUCGCCAGGGGUCACCCCUUUGUCCCCGCCCCUGGACUGGGCUGGGGAUGGCCCUGUGGGGGUACUCACCCCCUCUCCUGCUGCUAUGCCUGUGACCUCCGGGGCCCACACACUGGAUUGACCAGCCCCGAGGGGGCACAGUGCUGCACUGAUGACUUGACCAGUCCCCUCCCCCAAUAAACUCACCUCUUGGAAA